CGGAAGACCUGUAGUACGACGGGGACCAGGACUGGACCAGGACUGGACCAGGACUAGAGUGGGACUAGACCAGGACUGGACCAGGAUUAGAGACCAGUUUGAGACCUAAGACUAAUCCUGGACUGAAACCAAACCAGGACAACAGGAAUCAGGACUAGACCAGGACUGGAGGCUAAACUGGGAGCAGGAUUAACACCAAGGAGAGGACUAAGACCAAGGACUAAAACCAAGACGACUGAAACUAGAACUAAACUCGGACCUGUCCAGACUGAGAGACCUGGACUAAAACAGGUCCACAAAGACCAGAACCAGGAAUAAGACCAGGACCAAAACCAGGACUUGGGAAAACUGUUCAGAAUUGUGAAAAAAGUUAGUUACAAAAGUAAAGAUGGAGUCCAAUGUCACAGAGCCACAAAUCGGGGUGCCGUCUCUGGGGAUGGAGUGGUUGUGGAGCACCACUGUGCUGCUGGUGCCUGCGGUGGUGGUGCUCACGGCGGGCUUCUUCUACCUCUAUGGCCUGGUCCUGGGGCUGCUCUCCAAAACAUCUGUGAGAAACAAGGUGGUUCUGCUGAGCGACGCACUCACGGGGCUCGGGAAAGAAUGUGCAAGUCUGUUUCACCGUGGAGGAGCUCGUCUGGUUUUGUGUGGGAGAGACUGGGACCAACUGGAGGAGCUGUCUGAAGAACUGAGCCGCAACUCAGAUCCUGCUCUGACGUUCCCGGUGAAGCUGGUUCUUCUGGACUUCGGGGACAUGGAUUCUCUGUCUGAGGCUGUGGAUGAGGUCCUGGAAUGUUACGGCUGUUUGGACGUUCUGAUCCUCAACAGCUCCAUCAAGGUGAAGGCUCCAGCUCACACCGUGUCUCUGGAGAUGGACAAGCUGCUCAUGGACAACAACUACUUUGGCCCCGUGACUCUGACCAAAGCCGUGCUCCCGACGAUGAUUUCCAGAAGAACCGGACACAUCAUGCUUAUCAACAGCAUCCAGGCCAAGCUCCCGGUGCCUUUCCGCGCCACGUAUGCGGCGUCCAAACACGCGGUGCAGGCGUUCUUCGACUGCCUCAGAGCGGAGGUGGAGGAGUAUGGCAUCAGUGUGAGCUCCAUCAACCACACCUUCAUCAGCUCCACCGCUGCACCGGAGGAGCAGCGCCCCCUUUGGUCAUGGCUGUACUCCAGGAAGCCUCUAGGGGUCACUGUGGACGAAGCUGCCACUGAGAUCGUAAAGACGCUGAACAAUAGAAAAAGAGAGGUCCUCAUGGCGCCGUCUCUCCCCAAAAUGGCCGUCUACAUGCGAUCCUUUUUCCCAAACGUCUUCUUCGCUGUGAUGGCAGCUGGAGUCAAGGAUGCAGCCGCCGACCCUCUGCAGUAAUGAUCUGUGGAUGUGUGGACCUGGUUUAUGGUUAAUAUCUCUGUCAUUACUGGGUCUAUCCACAGGGAACAAAAACAGAAAGAACAUUUGAUGUGUAAGAUAAACUAAAUUUGUUUAUCUCCAUGGAAAAAGGCAGACUACACCAGGCUAAGUUACAGUUAAGAUCAGUGGAGAGUCAACCCCACUCACAGUAAUAAUACAUGUUUAUCAAUGUAUUUUAAAGAAAUAAAAA